AAACAAGGGAGGUUUGACCAUAGGGGAGGUUUGACCCACCCUACCUUUUUCAUAUUUAAACAUGUAUUUGACUGAUGAGCACUAGAUGGCAGCACAACAUCAAGUAGAAUAACCUGUUAUUUCUGUCUGGUAGCCAUUUGCAACUAGAAUCUAGGAGUAAUCACAAGUGAUAGUUUUUUCAGCCCAAAAAGUUUUUUCUGUUGCUGCAGGUUCAUCUCUCCUGUGCCAUUUGUCAGUAACAUAUAUAGAAAUGCCUUUUUUGUGGAAGUCAAAUAAUAAAAGAUGCAAGGUAUCUCCAACCAAAAUGAAAUCUGCUGUUUUGUUAGUAACUGAAAAGAGUAAAAGUAUAAGAGCUGUAGCUACUGAGUAUGGAAUCGACCGAAAAACUUUAGGCAGAUAUGUAGAUAAAUACAAAAAAUCAGAAGAUGGCAAAAUAGAAUUUAAGGCAAACCAUGUUUCUUGCCAGGUGUUUUCCAAUGAAGAAGAGCAUGUGCUUAAAGCUUAUUUACUGCAUGCUUCAAAGUUAAAUUAUGGUUUAACUUCAAAAGCAACGCGAAACUUAGCUUACCAAUAUGCUGCUGCAAAUAAUAAAGUAAUUCCUGAAAAUUGGACUUUAAACAAAACUGCUAGUUAUGAUUGGUUGAAGGGUUUUUUUCACAGGCAUGCAAAUUUAUCAUUACGUCAGCCUGAAUCAACUAGUUUGUCCAGAGCCACUGCUUUCAAUAAAACAACCGUCAGAGAGUUUUUCAAUAAUUUGCACUGCAUCUUGGAAAAAAAGAAAUUUGGCCCGGAAGCAAUUUUCAAUGUUGAUGAGACUGGAAUCACAACCGUACACAAAUCACGAAAAAUUAUUGCAAUGAAAGGAGAGAAGCAAGUGUCUCAAGUCACCUCUGCAGAACGUGGAACUUUAGUCACAAUGUGCUGUGGUAUCUCUGCAAUUGGAACAUCGAUUCCACCAUUUUUAGUAUUUCCACGAGUUCAUGUAAAAGAAAUAAUGACAAGGGGUGGGCCUCUAGGAAUGCAAGCUGCAGCUCAUCCGAGUGGAUGGAUGACAGCAGAGAACUUUCAAUUAUACCUUCAUCAUUUCAUAAAAUUUAGUAAAUGCAGCAAAGAUAAGGAGGUAUUGAUUAUACUUGACAAUCAUGAAUCACAUAUAUCUGUUAAGGGUUUGCAACUGUGUAAAGAUCACGGGAUAACUCUGUUAACUCUGCCACCACACACGAGUCACAAAUUACAACCUCUUGAUAAAACUGUUUUCAGUCCCUUUAAGAUGUUUUACAAUUCUGCUGCCAGUGAUUUUAUGAUCAUGCAUCCAGGUAAACCUAUAACAAUAUAUGACAUUCCACAUUUGGUUGGCAGAUCAUUUUCAAAAGCUUUUACACCAGAAAAUAUACAAAGUGGAUUUGCUUGUACAGGAAUAUGGCCAUUAAACUCCGAUAUUUUUUCUGAAUCUGAUUUUCUUCCAUCUAAUGUCACAGAUAGAUCAGAUCCAGAUGUUAUGAAUUCAUCUGCAUCUUCAAAACCAUCGACUAGCAUAAACAAUCUGCCACCAGCAUCUCCAUAUCCCUCAACAUCUGCGAGUGUUACCAAUUUACCUGAUUCAUCAGAAUCUACUCAAAUUCUAGUAACCCCGGAGCAGCUGCGUCCGUUUCCCAAAGCAGAACCUAGAAAAGGCAGGGGUGGAAGAAAACGUAUCAAGUCAAGAAUUUUAACAGACACCCCGGUCAAAACUGAAAUUGAAGAGCGGCACAAUAGUAAAAAUAUUAAGUUAACUACACGAAAUAUUAAGAAAAGUGCCAAGAAACAAGAGAAAAAACGAAAGAUUGCUCUGUCUUCAGAUAGUGAAAAUGAAUCCCAAAAUUUUCACGUCUCAAGUAAUGAAGAUGGAGAUGAUUUCAAAGACUCCACAACUAGUAUUGAAGUUGGAGAUUUUGUUCUAGCAAAAUUCACAACUAAAUCCAGUUUUGUGCAUUAUAUUGGUUGUGUCACAAAAGAAAAUGGAGAUGAUCUCACAUUAAAUUUUCUUAGAAGAUCUGAUCCAUGCAGCUUUAGUUUUAUUUAUCCCCAGAUAGAAGAUGUUGCAACAGUGUCCCAAGGAGAUAUUAUUAAGCUCCCUCAUCCAAAUAUCAGUGGAGGCACCGAAAGAGUUGCACUGAAAAUAAAAUUUGACUGUGAUAUUUCUAAGUAUCAGAAUCUAUACUGAUUGAAAUUCAAUUCAUUGAACAUUUUGGUCCUGAUUAUUUGUUAUUUUAAUUAAAAAGUUAUUGUAUUCUUUUA